CUCUCUCCCAUGACACACUUUAUAAACCACACCAUCAUCUAAUCAUCAUCUAAACUAAACCACUCUCUCUUCUCUUCAUUCUCCCUCUUAAUUCUUUUCUCUUUUCUUUCUUUCACACAAACUCCUCUUAUUAUGAUGGGUCUUGAUCAAGAUGCUAGCAGCAACUCUGGCCUUCAUCUUAUUCUAGGGUUAGCUUUGACUGCCACCACCACCACUACUCCAUCACUACCAUCCAUUUCCAACAAGCUUGAUCAUGUUGAUCAUCAUCACCAUCUUAUAACUCUUAGACCAACAACAAAGUCACCCUAUAAUUCCUCUGAGGCUGAACCAUCAUUAACGUUGGGCUUGUCCCGUGAGAGUUACCUCAAAGUACCCAAAAACAUCAUAGGACAAAACAGCAACAACAAAGUCUCGUCUUGUGAUGACCCUCUUGAUCACUUGUCCACACAGACUAAUUCACCUCAUCACAGUGCUGUUUCCUCCUUCUCCAGUGGCAGGGUCAAGAGGGAGAGGGAUCUCAGUUGCGAAGAAGUUGUGGAUGCAACAGAGAUUGAUCAGAGGGACCAUAGCUGUGAAGGAAUAGUAAGAGCCACUGACGAAGACGAAGACGGCACCGCCGCCAGAAAGAAACUUAGGCUUAGUAAAGAACAAUCUGCUUUGCUAGAAGAAAGCUUCAAACAACAUAGCACCCUCAAUCCUAAACAGAAGCAAGCUUUGGCGAAGCAGUUGAAUCUUAGGCCACGACAAGUUGAGGUGUGGUUCCAGAACAGGAGAGCCAGAACAAAGCUGAAGCAGACAGAGGUGGACUGCGAGUUCCUAAAGAAAUGUUGUGAGACAUUAACAGACGAAAACAGACGGUUACAGAAGGAGCUUCAAGAGCUUAAAGCACUGAAACUGGCUCAGCCUCUGUACAUGCCUAUGCCUGCGGCAACACUCACCAUGUGCCCCUCUUGUGAGAGGCUCGGCGGCGGCAUCAACGGUGGCGGCGGCGGUUCCCCUAAGACACCAUUCUCCAUGGCUCCUAAGCCUCACUUCUUCAACCCCUUCGCCAACCCUUCUGCAGCAUGUUGAUUGAUUGUUAUUAUAAUUAGGCUUUUAAUUAGUUUUCAUUAAAAAAAAAAAAAACAGCAAAAACCAAAGAAGAGUUGCCCCACAACCUUUGUAUUUUUUUGGUUGAGGGAUACGUCUUAUGAACUACAUAGCUAGUGAAAAAAAGGUUAAGGGUGUAAUUAAUUAACUAAUAUACUGUAGAAAUUUGUAACUGCUGAUUAGAAUUACUUUUUACUCUUCCUUUAUUAAUGUUAUGUUUAUAAAUGGUUAUAGAAGACAUCCAUCUAUGAAGGAAUUAAUGACUUUUUUUAA